GUUAGCGACGCCCGCGCUCUCUGGUUUUUGGAGUUUGAAACUUCAAAGCUAGUUUGGGAAGGCUCUGAAUAGCAUUAAUGUUUCACUUCAUUCUCUCUCCCUUUGGACUUUUGUUGGUGGCCUGUCAACUACAAUAGUCACACGUUCCUAUAGUGUUAAAUACACGGUGCAGUUCUGACACAGCUGGUGUUAAAGUGUGUGUGUUUGUUUUGUUUCAGAGUGUCCAAGCAGCAACGUGUGUGGUUUCCCCCUGAGUGGCUACCUGAGGGAGCAGUCCUGGUUCUGUGGCAGAAAUGCCAGGAUGUCAGCGUGUCUGGCUCUGGAGAGAGUUGCCAAGGGCCAAGGGAUUCAGAUGGAGUCACUCUUCUAUAGGGCCGUCCUCCAUGUGAUUCUAAGGGAUCACUACAGCUCCAUUAAAAGUGAGAAGCGUGUGGGGAACGUCUACUCCAAGGCCACCUCGUUCGUGGACUACGUCUGGAGAGCCCUCCGGAGGCUGGAGCUGGACGGGUCAAAGCUGUCUGACGGUGUCAUACAGGGUUACCAUGACACAUACCGACCCAGGAUGGUUGAGAUGGAGGCCUUUAACAUGCUGAAGGUGACUUUGGCUCCCUGCAUCGAGGGCCUGAUUCUCCUGGACCGCCUCUGCUACCUGAAAGAACAGGAAGACGUGGCGUUCUCCACUCUGGUGCAGCUCUUUGAUCCACUGUUGUCGCCGCGCUGUUACGGAGUUGUCGGAGUGAAGGCACCUGGGACGGAGUUGUCAUAGUGAAGGCACCUGGGACGGAGUUGUCAUAGUGAAGGCACCUGGGACGGAGUUGUCAUAGUGAAGGCACCUGGGAUGGAGUUGUCAUAGUGAAGGCACCUGGGACGGAGUUGUCAUAGUGAAGGCACCUGGGACGGAGUUGUCAUAGUGAAGGCACCUGGGACGCAGUUGUCAUAGUGAAGGCACCUGGGACGGAGUUGUCAUAGUGAAGGCACCUGGGACGGAGUUGUCAUAGUGAAGGCACCUGGGACGGAGUUGUCAUAGUGAAGGCACCUGGGAUGGCGUUAUCAUAGUGAAGGCACCUGGGAUGACAUCAUAGAGUUCCUGGAGAUGGGACAAAUUGCAUUUCCUGCCAUUUGAAUGUUUUAUUUUAUAAUUUUUUUUGCUGACCAUGAUUUUAGCAAGGUUUUAAUGUGAUGAUGUACUCCUUACUCAGUCACGUACAGAUAUGGGUUCAUUGUUUAGUGUUUUCUCUACUUUUGCCUCCUCUGGUUUCUGCCAAUCAUACUGUACUAUGGGGUGUACUGUACCAUAUUGUAUUAAUAAAUCAUUUUUAGAAGAU